CAUAUUUAUCAACAAAUAUAAGAUCACGCAUUGUGUUCGCCUGAAAGAAUACUACACAUGAGAACACCCAAUAAAGUUAGAAUUCAGGACGUCACACUGCUAGGUCCAGGGUAUUCAAAACUAAAGUAUAUCUGACUGGGCGAUACAAGUGAAGGCUCAGCGUGUGAAGAGCCUGUUCGCGCACUUGGCUGGCUGUUUAUAGAUUGAUCUCUAGAUCACGGGACGAGGGAUUUACAGAUGGUUUUAGUCACUACAAUAUGUACGACUUGAAUUAGCACUGAUAAUCACAGACAGCACUUGAUACCAGUUGCAGUGGCAGUGAUAACGUUGUAUUUGGACGGCCUGAUACAAUAACAUUGUUGAGAGAUAAUGAUGGAGCUCAAUCCAUUCCUCAUAUCUUCCUGUAAGUGAGCCAGCCAUCAGUAGUGAACCGUAGUUCAAGAAUAAUUGUGUGAAAAGACGAAGGGUAACUGUGUGAAAAGACGAAGGAUAGCUGUUUAUUUUUUUAACGAAGGAUAACCCGUGACACAGUUACAAGGAUCUAAACAUGAUGUAGGUGCCAGUCAACUGCUGACAUGUUUAAGUAACAAGGAAGAUGAAAUAUGAUAUUGAUAUCCAAUUUCAGUGUGUGCAUUCAAAACCAGGAUUUAGCCAUUGGAGAUAAGUGCUACACUUAGAUAGCAGUUUUGGGAUUAAGAGAUCUGUGAUUUUAUUUAGAUUUGAUACAGCGAGAGUAUACUUCGACAAAGUCCAUCGGGAAAUGUAUCAAUCAAAACAAAAACUCCUUUACUGGAAGAUGUUAGCCCUGGAACUUGGAUGUAUUUUCGUUUUGUUCCAAACUGGGAUUCGGAGGGUUGAAGGAGCCGCCUUCGUGCCGCCGACUCAGCCUACAGGGCCCUGCACAAUAGUAGGGGAGGGUUCUGCCACGGUCAUCGCAGAUUGCCAGGCAAAAAAUAUAAUUGAUCUCCGUGAUAUUCUGGUAGGAGACGUUCCCUUGAUACCAAGAGAAACGAAUAUACUAUUACUUAGUUACAACAAGUUUACCGAAGUGCCAGCAGGAAUAUUUCGAAAUCUCACGAAUCUAAGAUCACUUUACAUGCAGUUGAACAAUCCUCCAAUAGAGUGGAUCGAAGAGAGAGCAUUCGAAGGAUUACACAGAUUAGUUACUCUGUCAAUCCAUUCCAAUGUAGUGGAAAAAAUCCACCGAGACACAUUUUACGGUCUAUCGGCAGUGGCCAAUUUGACAUUAAAUCCUAUCCAAUCGUUUGCUCCGGAUGCAUUUAUCCACACCCCAAGAUUAACAAAUCUAGAUCUGACCAUGAGCUGCACACUUCCAUCAGUUGGUGUGUACAAAUUCCUCCUACAGAGACCUUCUCAAGUGCAUAUUAUAGGCAGCAUUCAGUGCACACAAGGGGGAAAUCUAAGGCAGGCUCUCCAAGCAUUAGGAGUUGACCCAGACCUGCCAGCCAGUAACAUGUGCUACACUUGCACUAAUGUUGAUGAUUACCGAGACUGUGAACAGCCCCAAAGUUGCAGGACAGGAUUUAAUUCUUGUGGAAGUUUUUUUAAUCAAACGAAAAGUGGUCUUAGAAUUACCAAGGGAUGCAUGAAUUUGGAUGCAUGUAUGAACCGGACAGCAAGAAUGAAUCCAGCCAGGUGCUAUGAAGAGAAUUCCACCUUUGCCUGUUCCACCUGCUGUCUUGGAGAUAACUGUAAUAGUUUAGGACAGUCUAAUAGAACAGAGGUACAGCGCAAUUUUAACAUACUGUUUACCCAUGACAUCUCUCCAUCCUCACCAGCAUACCAGACUCUUUGGCCUAUAUUCCACACCAAGUUAGAGAAAGUUUUGCAUGAAGUAAUACCUGGAAGACAUGAAAUUGAAAUUGUAUCCAUAAAACCAAGUCCAGUAAGUACUUUCAGUGGUGUGGUUUCUAAUGUCACUAUCCGCAGCUUUAUCGACAGUUCUUUAAAUGUUUCUGUCACAAGAGGAAAUAUCAGCAGAGAAAUCAACAGAGCAGUACAAAACAAUGAAUUGGUUGAUGUUGCUUUGAGUGGACUGCGGCAUUUUCCAGAGCUUGUGUGGGGUUUGUGUUUACAUACUGUUGACAAUAGCAGCCAUGGUGUUUAUCAGUGGAGACGAAGAUGGACCAACGCAACAAUUGUGACAAGAUCUUUUUAUUUGCCCUGUGUGCACCAUCUUAGAAAUCCUAAUACCACUGCUGUUAAACAGUGUACAAUGGAUGUGUCGUCAGGUAUUGUAUACUGGUUGCCAACAAAUUUUGAGAACUGCACGACAAAGACCACUGAAGGACUCCAUAAUUUAAAUGCCACAAAAAUUAACAGAAAUAAUGUUCAGCAAGUAUCACAAGUCCUGAGUAAUGUAACAUCCAACUCUGAAGAAUUAUCAGGCACUGAUGUUGAAAUUGCCACAGAUGUUUUGGACAGCAUUUUGACAUUAAAUUCAACAGAGGUGGCACGUGUGGCAAAAGAUGUUGUCCUAACACAGAGUAACUUGCUGGGGAGUGGUCAGAACUCUUUGCUACAGUCAGAAACAAACACCCAGUCAGUGAACAGGAUACUACGGGGUAUUGAUACUUUUGCUGAAAGAGUUGAUAUUGAGGGAACAAAUCUGACCAUUGUGGCCCCAAAUUUAGCAGUGUCAGUUGUCUCAGCAAAUGCAGCAGACCCAGAAUUCAGUGGUUUAGGAUUUGAUAGUGUGUCUGAUGAAAGACAUGAUGUUCCUCAUGAGGACACUGUUAGACUUGUGGGGUCUGAGAAUGAACCCGUCCCAGAUGUGGCUGAUGUUGGCAUACGUCUGCCAAGGACAUUAUUCAAAGGACUAAAUACCACACAGCCAGCCAGUGCUUCCAGAGUCCACUUUGUGGUCUACCAACAGAAUACUUUUUUCAAGGUACUGGCCUCUCUCAGUGACAGUCCUGGCUCUGUGAAGACCAACACCAGUGUUUACCCAUAUGUGGACAUUAAUGGUCAUAUCAUUGCGGGCAGUGUGGUUGGUCUGACCAUCCAGAAGCUUGCUGACCCAGUCACUAUAUCAUUCAGACAUCUGGAGAGAGAAAAUGAAACUGUCAAAAACUCCCAGUGUGUAUUCUGGGACUUCUCUGCCAACAGUGGUCAAGGAGGAUGGUCAGGGCGUGGCUGUAGACUGGCAGGUGACCAGCCGGGAAACAGGACGGUCUGCCAGUGUGACCAUCUCACUAAUUUUGCUUUGCUGGUGGAUGUUUAUGGCACAGGUUCAGGAAUUGAUGAGUUGAACAGAAGAAUUCUGAUGAUUGUCACCUAUGUGGGCUGUGGUCUCAGUAUUUUGGGUCUGUUGUUGACAAUCAUCUCCUACCUGGCAUACAGAUUUCCCUGUAUGAUAAGCAAGAAGUUGCGCAAAGACACUCCUUCCAAGAUCUUGAUCCAGUUGUGUUUUGCUUUGCUGGGUUUAAAUAUUGUUUAUGUAGCUGGAACACAAAACCUGAGCAAUGUUAUUGCAUGCAAGACUGUUGCCAUAUUGCUCCACUACUUCUUGCUGGCAACUCUGAUGUGGAUGUUGAUAGAAGCUUUCUACAUGUACUUGGCUCUGGUGAAAGUUUUCCAGACUUACUACAGGAAGCUUCUGCUCAAGUUUGCCAUAGUUGGCUGGGGUGCACCACUGGUGAUAGUUGGAAUCACACUGGCCAUCAAUGUUGACAAUUAUAACUAUUACGCUGGAUAUGAAGAAGCCUUCUGCUGGCUUACAGUUGUACCGAUGUAUGUGACAGUGAUCACCCCGGUGGCUGUGACAGUUCUCCUCAAUUUUGUGGCGUUUGGGUUAGUUUUCCAUCAGAUUCGGAGCCAUGUCCAGCAGAAAAAGAUCACCAAGACCCAGAAGGCAUCCUCGGUGUCACAAGUCCGAGGAGCCCUGAGCAUCAUGGUCUUGUUGGGGCUGACCUGGGUUUUUGCCUUCUUUACCUUCAGUGCAAGGUUCAUAGUAUUCCACUAUUUGUUUGCCAUCUUCAACUCCUUGCAAGGACUCUUUGUAUUCAUAUUCCACUGCUUCUUGAAACAUGAUGUCCGUAUGAUGUGGAUGAGAAGUUUGCCUUGCUGUCCAAAACCCAAAGACAGCUCCACAUUCAAUUCUUCUACUGGAGUUUCAAACUCAUCUAAAAUGACCACAAGUAGUAGUAUUAACAGCCUUGGUCAAUUGGCAAUGGAAGAAAAAAAUGUUAAGGUCCCACUUAACAAUGCUUAUGAAACUAUCCCAAGCAAGGGUAAAGUAUAUGAGAAGAAAUAUGGUCCUGAUCCAACUAUCAUCAAAAAUGCAGGCAUUAAUAACAAGGGAUUUUAUUAACUAAGGUGAACAAUUACUUAAAAUUGCAAACAGAACUGAUAUUAAUGGAAUUGGAGCAGUAAAUACUACCAAUUCUGUCUGUACUGUGCAACACUGAAGAACCAAUUCUGAAGGAUUAGUUUCUAAGGACAAUACUCCUUGUUUAUACAUUAUUUAUUAUUUACCAGUCAUGUUUAACUUGCAUUGUAAGCUGCUUUUUUGCUGAGAUCAACAAUGUAAUGAACAAAACAUUGUUAAGAUGCAUAUAUACAAAAUGGUAAUUAAUGAGUUACCAUUGUUGUUUAUUUAACACACGUAACAAACAUGACUGUUUGACAUGUAAUGAGACUAAGGAGGAUUUCUCUGUUUAAUUUGAAAUUACAAUUUGAAUUUGCUCUCUAUAUUACCAUGUCAUAUUGAAUUGUUUCUGUUACAAUAAUACUAUAAAACAAUAUACAAGUUUUAAAAUAAGAGGUAAGAAGUUAAGAGUCACUCCAUUCUUGUCAGCAAAAAACAUAUUUGUGUAUACAUAGUUGAAAAAUGUAUAUCAUGUAGGUCAUGCAUGGUAUAUGAAUUCUUGCAAGUUCAUGUUUUAACACUGGUAUUUUUUAACAAUUUACAUUUGGAAAAAACGCAGCACAAAACAAAAAUUAGCAUUAAGGAAAUAACUUGACAGGUUGAGCUUCAUUUUGCACUAUAUUCACUUUUUCCAAACUUGCAUGGUCGUAUUUACCUUGUAGAAAAAUAGUAAUUUUAAUACCUCGGGAACAAAAAACAUGCAAUACUUCUGUGGCUGUUAUACAGUUUUAAGUUCUAAAAGCUGUUUAUCCAAUCAUCUAAAUACAAAUAUAUAUAUAUAUAUAUAUAUAUAUAAUCUGCUAAUUGCUAAUGUAAAGCCCAGGUUGAAUUUCUAAAUGAAAUGUACUUAUCUCUAGAAAUAUUGCUUAGCAAUUUGAAAUCUAGAAAUUGUGAUACUUUUUAUGUGAUAUCUUUAGGAUGUGUAUUAUAAACCAACAAAAGCAAUGUAAGGGUCCCUUUUCUUAAAGUUUAUAUCCCCUAUUAAAGUCAUUGUUCAAAAAGAUAUAUUUAUAUUGCUAAUAAUGUUUAUAAUAAAAGUAUUCUUAGCAAUACAUUAUUUAUGCAAGGCAAAACUGAACAAAACUAUAGAAAAUAAUAUUAAAGAACAUUUAGGAAUAGAAAAUUAUAUUUGCCAGUGCACCAAUUUUUUGAUUGAAUAUCAAGUAUAGACAAAGAGGUAAAAGCAAUAAACCUUGAUAUUUAAAAAACAUAUUUUAUUAUUAUGUAUGCAGUAAUAACUUAAUAUUUCAGUCUCCUUCAAUAUUUUGCACAAGGUUGAAUUUUGCCCUUUUUCACCUUCAACUUAUUGUCAAAAUAUAUUAAACAUUGUACUCUUUGCAAUAAAAUAAUUUUCUUGAA